GGCCGGGCUCGUUCCCCGUUAGCCUCCUGCCUCCGGUUCUUGCUCGGUGGGAUUUAUUGUGCCCGUAGCCGGAAGCAGUGUGGGUACUACUUGUCUGGACACGUGUUGAUUAAUGAGGUUUUGCUGUCAGUUCAAGUAACCAGAGAUGGAAAGUUCUGCAAAAGCAUCUGUAGAUUCUGAAACAGAAUCUCCUCUGAGUGUUAAUGAAACCACCGCUGCAUCGGGGCAGAGGCUUUCUGAAAAGACUCCUACAUGCCAGCAAGUAGAUCAGCCGAAAAUUCCGAAAGAAGAUGAUCUUGUAGAGCAAACUUCGAGUUAUGUACAAGAUUCUCCAUCCAAGAAAAGAAAACUCGAUGUUGAAAUCUUCUUAGAGGAAAAACACUCUGAGGAUGAUGGAGGUGCUUCAAAUAGAAGCAAACUGGAAAGGAGCGAUGUGGCGGAAGACCAGCCUUCUGGAGGGCUUAACCAGAGAGAGAGAAAACGGCAGCCUCAGGAUGCUGAUGCUGGGCCACCGCGGAAAUUUCAGAAGCUGGAGGAGGGACACAGCUCAGCCGUGGCUGCCCACUAUAAUGAGCUUCAGGAAGUUGGCUUGGCGAAGCGUAGUCAAAGUCGAAUUUUUUACCUAAGAAACUUUAAUAAUUGGAUUAAAAGUAUUCUUAUUGGGGAAAUUUUAGAAAAGGUACGACAAAGAAAAAACCGUGACAUCACUGUUUUGGACCUGGGAUGUGGAAAAGGUGGAGACUUGCUCAAGUGGAGGAAGGGGAGAAUUAGCAGGCUCGUGUGCGCUGAUAUGGCUGAUAUUUCUAUGAAACAAUGUCAGCAACGUUAUGAAGAUAUGAGAUGUCGUCGUGAUAAUGAGCAUAUUUUUAGUGCAGAAUUUAUAACUGCUGACUGUUCAAAGGAACUUUUGGUUGAAAAAUUCCGUGAUCCAGAAAUGUACUUUGACAUCUGCAGCUGUCAGUUUGCCUGCCAUUACUCCUUUGAGUCCUCGGAACAGGCUGAUAUGAUGCUUAGAAAUGCCUGUGGAAGGCUUAACCCUGGCGGCUAUUUUAUUGGUACCACUCCCAAUAGCUUCGAACUGAUAAGACGCCUCGAAGCUUCAGAAACAGAAUCAUUUGGAAAUGAAAUAUACACUGUGAAAUUCCAGAAGAAAGGAAAUUAUCCUUUAUUUGGCUGCAAAUAUGACUUUAACUUGGAAGGUGUUGUGGAUGUCCCUGAAUUCUUGGUCUAUUUUCCAUUGCUGACUGAAAUGGCAAAGAAAUAUAAUAUGAAACUAAUCUAUAAAAAAACAUUUCUGGAAUUCUAUGAAGAGAAGAUUAAGAACAAUGAAAACAAAAUGCUCUUAAAACGAAUGCAAGCUCUGGAGUCAUACCCUGCAAAUGAGAACUCUAAACUUGCCUCUGAAAAAGUGGGUGACUACGCACAUGCAGCAGACUACAUGAAGAACAGUCAAGUGAGAUUACCUCUGGGAACCUUAAGUAAGUCCGAAUGGGAAGCUACAAGCAUCUACUUGGUUUUUGCCUUUGAGAAGCAGCAGUGAGCACGCUGCUUUAGAGCAGCGCUCCAUCCUCCAGGCGGAGCGGACCAUCUCAGAGACAUUCGACAGCUGUUUGUUUAUUUUAAUAGUAAGUUCUAAAUGUGUAGGAUGCUGCCAACAAAGUCCAGUGUAUAAAUUUGACAUUUACUGUCUGUGACAGGUUAGCAUAAUGUGUGUACAUAAGGAUGAGUUGUCUUUAAAAUCUAUUUUUAAGUAAUGUUGUAAGAAUUGUUUUCCUCUACUGUCAAAACUAUAGCAAGGCAUGUCAGAGCGACUGACCUCUCCAGUGCAGUGAUGUGCUGAAUGUGUUUACAGAGCUGAUUUUACAAUACUGUAGAACUGGCAAAGGAACGCUAGGUUGCCACUGUGCGCUCAUUUCAAGUUUUGUUACAGUGUUUUUCAAGAUUUAAUAGACUGUGUUCUAUAUACUUGAAUGUAAGUGUUCAAUAUAUAUUGCUAAAGUUAUAAGAUUAAAUUUUGAUUUUAGAUUGUGAUAAGAGCUACCUGGCUAGAUUUUGACUGUGUUUCAAUAAAAUAUCUAUUUGCUAAUACACUGCAAUUCUGAGACUCUAUAGAAAAUUUUAGAUGGCAACAUAGAGUUAAUGUGGAAUGGUUUGAUAUUCUCUUUAGAAUUUCUUACCAUAGCAGUUAGCAUAUCCAAUUAUUGAGGUUGUGAUUAAGGUACGAUUAACUUUCUUCAUUGGACAGUGAUUCCAUGGCUAGAUUUUCUUAAGAUUUUGUGAAAAUGCCAUGUUCUAGUUCUGUUCCAUGUUGUUUUCUGAUGUGUGCAUGCGCAACAAGAAUAGCACGGGAGAUACAUUUUAGAUGGCUCCUCACCAGUAGAACUCACUAAUGCUCUAUCCUUCCAGGUCCCAACACGCAGCUCCCACCCUCUCAGGACUCCCUAAGGGAGACCCCACUGUCUAAUUGUCUUUCAAAUAUUCACUGUUGAGGCGUUAAUGGUAUAGUAGUCAGCAUAGCUGCUUCCAGAUCUUUACUUGCUGUCUCACAGCCAUCACGAUUGUCAUUGAUUUGUCAGUUAUAGAGCUGACUUCUAGAAUUGAGGCCACACUGAAGAAACUUGCAGCCUUUAGAUACAUCAAGAAACUUAAGAGCAAGUACAAAGAUGCCAUUUUCUAUAAAAAUGUAUAGUACUUUCUUUAAAAGUAGGCUCAGGGCCAAAGGGAUGGCUCAGUAGUUAAGAGUGCUGGCCACUCGUGGAGAAGACCAGGUUCAGUUGCUAGCACCUACGGGGCAGCUUACAGCUCCAUGUAACUCCAGUUCCGGGGAUCUGACAUCAUCGUUUGGCCCCCCUGGGCACCAGGUGUGCACACAGUACAUAUACAUAAUGUGCAGGCAGAUACACACACAUAUAAAAUACAAAUAAUUAUUUAAAAAAGUAAAAGCAUAAUCUAGUUUAUAUAUAGUCACUGUUCUUAGUAUUAGAGGGUAGGUUUGGUUCUGGUGCAGGGGUUGUGGGUUGUGGGGUGGGGAGGAAUGUUCUUGCUCUUAGAAAUUUAGGCUCAUUGUAUUCCUGGGAAAGUACCAGUAAGUAUUUUGAUGAUGUGGUGUAGAGAAAGCUUCGUCACAAUUCAUCAUCUUAGUUACCAGGUGAUACGUCAUUUUUAGUCCUUUCUGCCCUUCCCAUUCCAUCCCAUGGGUCAUUUUUAGGAGAGAAGAAUUCCUUAAAGGGUGGACUAAUUGAUGGCUGUCCCAAGCAGCAAGAAGAGAAAUGUAGUGUUUCUAGGCCUUUCCCUGAGGACUCAGAAAACUGGCCUGGGUCUGAGAUGGGCUCUAGUCAUUAUACCUGCUCUCAAAGACAGGAGAGUUCCCAUGAUGUCACCCUACAGAAACAGUUCAAGCAGCGGCCUUUUUCCUUCUGUGUCCUUAUCUGUUGAACCUCCAUCCCUCCACCGCUCCUUGUAGAAGUUCAUGACUCAGGAUGGAUUCUUGACAAAAAUGGGAAGGGGACCUUUUCCAUUGUUUCUUUCAACAAAUAAGACCUUGCCAGCAUUCUUGGAACCUAAAUGUUUAAUUAUGUCAUGGCUUGUAGUACCUGAUGAGAAAGGUGUGGCUUUUUAUUGCAGCAUCCAGAAAGAGUCCCUUCUCUUGGGUUCAGUGAUGAAAAUGGUGCAGAUGCUGUUCAGAUGUGCCCAGGCCUGCCACACACUGUAUGUUCAGGUUGUUUCCAAAUGAAGAUCAGGGGCUGGAGACAUGACUUACAGCCUAAGAGUGCUUGCUUGCAACUAUCAGAGGAUUGGAGUUUGGUUCCCAGCACACACAUCAUGGCUUAGAACUCUCUGUACUUCCAAUUAAAGGGACUUCAGCACUCCAGUCUCUGCUGGCACCUGCACAUACAUGCAGAUAACUACACAUAAAUAAAAAUCAAAUAACGAUCAUGUGGACUAUUUUUGGAAAUGACACAACUCAAACUGGAGAUAGUUGGCUUGGGGACAGCUACACUGCAGUAGGACCUAGAACUCUGACAUGGAAUUGUUUGGGUCUAGAAUUCACUUGAGAACAGUCCAGUGUAUAGUGGAGAGAAGCUGAGGAGUUGUCAGUCCCUCCCCAUCCUUCUGGUAACAUAACCUGUACAGAGAUCCUCAAGCCUGUCAGAGCUGGCUCACAUGCAACUUCAGUGCCCCCCGCCCCAAAGCACUUUAGAGACUGACUCUUAUCAGCAAGACUGACUGAGUAGAGUCACUCACAAAUAGUGGACCUGUCUGAUGACUGGCAGAAAUGAUACAAAUUUCUCAAGAUCAGAGCCCCAUUAACAUGUGUGCUCUGUAGUGGGCCUUAAAUCCCAUGCUCACAUACUUCCAAGGGUAUAGCAGGUGGUUCCUGCAACUUUGAGUGUUAAUUACUAAGGCACCUUGACUUAGGUGUAUCAAUUCUGAGUAAAGUGCUUUAGGAAAUAAGGUACCCUGGCAGGAAUAGAGAUAGAUUAUUCUUCAUGGUGUGGAGACCUAGUACUCUAACCAGAGGAAUGUAUACAUUAGAGGUGAUGGUGUUCCCCCAACCUUAUUGUGUGGAUAUAUCAGUGCAAGACAGUCUCUUAAGAUGCUGUCUCUGAAUUAAGUUAGGCAGGCCUAAUUAUGUGAAUUUGCUUGCUUAAACUCUGUUGAAGUGUUGUAUCUAUACAGGCAAUCAGGGAUUCUUCAGAGAAAGAACGUACAUGAAUACAGAAGCCAGAAGUUCGUUCCCUUUUGACUAUUAUGUCAUCACAACCAUCAUCCAAUUCUAAGCAAAACCCAUUGCAUCUGGCUUGGAAUAUUAUGUGAAUAAAAUUUAAAAUACGUUCUUUGGCUUUCACUCCGGCAGUGUUCAUGAGAUCUUAUUCUCAAUAGAUGUACGUUGUUCAUUCUCAUGAUUGUACAGUAUUCCAUGUAUGAAUAAACAACAUUACACAGUG